GCCAUAGCCGAUAGAUUUCUUUUGCUGGCCUGUGGUAGAGUGUGCUGCAAAAUGGCUGACAAAUUAAAAAUACACACGCGAUAUCGAAGUUGUUUGUGGAUUUUAGUGUUCACCUCGUGUAUCAGAUACGGCAAUGGACUUACAUGCUAUUGUCAAGGGCACUGUCCCAAUGACAAUUUCAAUGGCACAUGUGAGGCUAGACCUUUCAGCCAGUGCUUUGCUGCAGUGGAAGAAGUGUAUAAUCCUGACACAGGUUUGCCUGAACCUGAAUUUACCUAUGGAUGUUUGCCUCCAGAAGAAAAGGGUCUCAUGCAGUGCAAAGGACACCUUGUUCCACAUUUAGUACCCAAGUCUAUACAAUGUUGCCACCAGUCAGAUCUCUGCAACAGAUUGCUAUCUCCAAUGUAUGAGAUACGCAGUACAACACCAGAUCCCAAUUCUGGAUUUGGAUCUGAUCAAAAUGUUCAUUACCUAGCCUUACUAGUUUCUGUGACUGCUAGUGUUAUCAUCCUCUUUGUUAUGGUGGUUUGUGUUUAUCUUCAUUACAAAAGGAAAGAAGAUAAGCGUCAAGUUUCUAUCAUUAAAGCUCCUUGCGCACCCUACCUUGGAGGCAAUUCAACAAUCAAAGACAUGGUGGAUCAUAGCCAAAGUUCUGGAUCAGGUUCUGGUUUACCUUUACUGGUUCAACGAACAAUCGCAAAGCAACUUGUUAUGGGGCACUCGAUUGGUAAAGGCCGUUAUGGUGAAGUUUGGAUGGCCAAGUGGAGAGAAGAAAAGGUUGCCGUUAAGGUGUUUUUUACUACGGAAGAAGCUUCUUGGUUCAGGGAAACUGACAUUUACCAAACUGUGCUCAUGAGGCAUUCACACAUCCUCGGAUUUAUUGCUGCCGAUAUCAAAGGAACCGGUUCAUGGACACAGAUGCUUCUCAUCACUGACUAUCAUGAACUUGGGUCUCUGCAUGAUUUCCUGCAGCAGUAUGCUCCCGACGGAGUAGCGGCUGGAAGGUUAGCGUUUACCGCUGCUAGUGGUUUGGCUCAUCUGCACACGGAAAUCUUUGGUACAAGAGGGAAGCCGGCCAUUGCUCACCGAGAUAUCAAGAGUAAAAAUAUUUUGGUAAAAAGAGACUGGACUUGCGCAAUAGCAGAUUUUGGCUUGGCUGUCAGAUACAUUAGUGAGUCCCAAGAAAUUGAUAUUGCUCCCAAUACGCGUGUUGGAACCCGUCGCUACAUGGCACCCGAGGUGUUGGACGAAAGCCUUAACAAAUCUGCCUUCGAAGCCUUCAAGGCAGCAGAUAUAUAUUCGUUCGGUCUUGUUUUGUGGGAAAUCGCCCGGCGUUGUAACACGGCUGCUACUACAUUCAGCGAAAUUAUUACGGACGAGAGCCAAGAAAAAUUGGUUACCUACGGGCCUGACGACUAUCAACAACCGUACUACGACUGUGUUCCUUCUGACCCGUCGUUUGACGACAUGUAUAACGUGGUGUGUGUCAAGAAAGUACGACCGGAUAUUCAACCGCAUUGGCUCACUGAGGAGCCUCUAAAAACUUUGGCUCAAGUAAUGCAAGAGUGUUGGCAUCAAAAUCCUGCUGCUCGCUUGACAGCUCUGCGCGUCAAGAAAUCAUUGACUCGCAUCAACGAUGAAUCUGAUAUGUACAUGUACAUCGAAAAGUACAACGACAAAGAAAUGUUACCAUCCGUUUAAUGCUCAGAUGGCCAGCACAUGAGUUUGAAUCUAAUAUGACCAAGGGAUGGUGUUUCGUCUUGCUUGAAACGUUUCUCAAUAUGAUUUUUGUCCGUUCCUGUAAAUAAGUUUUUUGUGUAAAUGGGUUUUCUGAAUGUGAAUCUGUUUGCCUUUUGUUCUGAUAUUGCUCCAUUGCAACUGCCGUGCCAUUAAUAAUUGUUGCCUCAAGCCUGAAACGGAUCCAAACAAAUAAUGUUGAUGUCUUAACCAAACAAGCGUCUUCUCCAGCUCAUUUUAUUACUCUCCAAUUGCUUCUCGAAAUCGUUUUAUUGGCCUUAAACGUGUAAAUACAAUGAACUGAAUCAACGUA